CCGGCAGAGGCGGCGGGGGCUGCCGGCGCGGGGGGUGCUGCAAUGCCCGGCGCGGGCGAGGCGGGCGCCCAGCGGGGAUGCCGGUGCCCGCCGCCGCUCCCAGCUGCGGGGCCUCGCCCGGUGCCCGCGACCCGGGACAGGAGCCGGGGCCGUGCCUGAGCCCCUCGGGGCGGCUGGCGGCGGCGGUCUGCCUGGGAGCCGUGGGCAGCCUGGGCUUCUGCAGCAACCUGCUGGUGCUGCUGCUCUUCUGGCGGUACCGGGCGCUGCGCUCCCCCAUCAACCUCCUGCUGCUCAACAUCGCCGUCAGCGACCUGCUGGUCUGCGCCCUGGGCACCCCGCUCGGCCUGGCCGCCGCCGCCGCCCGGGGCCGGGGCUCGCCGGGGGCCGCCUGCGCCUGGCACGGCUUCGCCAACGCCCUCUGCGGCAUCGUCUCGCUCAUCUCCCUGGCUGUGCUUUCUUACAAACGCUACUGCACCAUGACGGGAAAAACAGAGGCCGAUGCCACCAACUACAGGAAGACAUGGACAGGCAUUGUCCUGUCCUGGACGUACUCCUUGGUCUGGACUGCACCCCCCCUUUUUGGCUGGAGCAGCUAUGGCCCAGAAGGACCAGGGACAACGUGCUCCGUGAACUGGCAUUCAAAGGACGCUAACAACGCAUCCUAUAUCAUAUGUCUUUUCAUCUUUUGCCUCGUGAUCCCUUUUGUCAUUGUUUAUUCAUACGGGAGGCUGCUGUGCACUGUAAGGCGGGUGAGUGCCGUCAAUAAAGGGACGGGUCGGAGCCGGGAGCAGCGCAUCCUCAUCAUGGUGGUGGUGAUGGUAAUUUGCUUUCUCCUUUGCUGGCUGCCGUACGCGACCGUGGCACUCAUAGCUACGUUUGGGAAACCCGGUCUUAUCACCCCCGCAGCCAGCGUCAUCCCAUCCAUCCUUGCCAAAAACAGCACAGUCUACAACCCCAUCAUCUACAUAUUUCUGAACAAACAGUUUUACAGGUGCUUUUUGGCACUUCUGAGAUGCAACAAAGCCACCGUGAACUCCAGCAACAAGUCCAGGUCCUGCUGCAUGCUGUGGCGGGCGCAGGGUGACACCGGCCCUGCAGCCGAGAGCCUGGACCCCCCCGGGAACCCGCACCCGCCUCCGGAAGAGGCCCCAACAGCUACAAAAAUCUGUGCUGGUGGCUCCCUACUGCGCCUGACCCAGGCUGCCGGGCCAACGCCACCGGCUGCCGCCGUGUUUGGGGAGUUUGAGUCCAAACGGGAGAGUUUUGCCAAAUAACCUCAUUUUGUGGCUUUGUUUCUAAUGCAAGCUCGCCUGGUUGCUUCCUCAGGGGUUGGUUUCACCAAUAAGACGUUUUCCAGUUUCUCAAAGAACUUCCCUAAUCAAACGCUGGGAGUUUUGGAAGAAAACAAAAUAAAAAACAUGGAUGCUUCUAGAAAACGGUUUUUAAAAAAAAACCCCAAACCCACGUGUUCUAAAGACUUUCUGCCAAAACCCACCCAACCAAAGAAGCCCAAACCCAACAACGAAAGAGAGAUGCGGGGCCCCUUGCUGCAGAAUAGCUCCAGGAAACCAUCUGCGUGUGAGGGGGGAAGCAAACACGUUGUUCUCCAGGAGGGAAACUAUCAGCUUGCAGACGGGGUCUCUCUGGUUUGGAUUACACUGUACCUGCAAAGUCUCACUUCACUUUUCAGUACAAACCUGAAGAGAUUACGAAGAACUGCCGUUACGACGGAAAGCUCUACUGAAAUUAAAAGUGCAUAUCUUGGAUAUGUUUCAAAGUACAGAAAUUGCAGCCGAAGCUUGAGAAGCCAAGUAUUUUAGGGAAAAUUUUUUUGUUUUCAUUAUUAGCCUAGAAAGUCAUUGCACCGACGAAUACUUUCCCCAUAACACCCAGCAAACAACCAACUCCGAAUACUCAGCACUGAGCUGGGUAAAGCCCUCACCUCUGGAAAUCUGCCACUUUGUGAGCGUCAAGACACAAGCGAGAGCGAUUCCAGCUCUUUCUGAGAGGUGUGGUUAUCCGAGUAUUCGUGGAACCUGAAGGGCCAGGCCAGGCAGCGGGGGCUGUGAGCGGCGCGGCUGCGUUUGUUUACGCCAGGUGAAACCCUGUGGCACGGAGCAGCAGCAGCAGGUACGCUGUAUUCUCACCCAGAACAGCCCCAGUGACCCCACCAGGAAAGCUGGUUGGGGACUUUUUUAAUUUUUUUUUUUUUUUUUUUUUUUUUACAGGAUCUUCCUCCUGGACCAUCUUUGGGAAUCGAGGUGGCAGAUGGUAUCGUCUACAAACAGAAAGGUGUUGGAAAGCCUCACAAGUACAGCUGGAGGAAGAAUUAAGAACAAACGAACACGGAACAACCUUCUCCCUCAUUAACGCUGAGCGCUGUCCCAAUAUUUUGACAUAUUUUUGUCAUCCCAAAUGGGAAGGAAAACAUGAAAUAGCAACAGUCUGUGCAGAAUUACUUUUCAAAUCCCACCGAACUAGAGGGAAAUGCCAUCUUUCACAUGAGCUUCACACUGAAGUACGUCCACGCCACUGCCAAGGCAGCUAUCAGAACCUGCUAUCGCAUUAGCCAGAACCGGGAAACGUGGCGGUGUGGGGGAAUGGGUAACGUGGGACAAAAAGCUAAUUGGAUUUUUUUGAUCACUGCUUGAGUUGGAUCCCUUUCAAAUUGCCCAGGUUAGAUCUUUCCCUAUAAAUAUGUACAUAUAGCACAUUCAGGAGCAAGCAAACUGCUAAGGAGUUCAGCACAGUCACCGCUUGCAGCUGCCCGGGAGAGAGGAUGCUCUAUUUGCCUGUAGUUCUUUCCUGGAAGUAAAAAUACCUAGCCCUAGACCCGACCAUCAGAAACUUUAAAACUGAGUACUGCAUCUAAGGGAGAGCAGCAGUGAGAAGGAACUGCCACAAAACCUCUCAGGCUGAUUCCCCCAUGCAGGACGUCUCCAAACCGCCCAGACCAGGCACGGUUUCUGCCGCGAGCCCCUGCACCGCCGCUUCCCCCGCUGAGCCUGCCAAACGCGCUCGGAUCCGUCAAAAGUCCUGCUCAAGAUUCCUGCUCAAAAGGUCUUAAACCUGCAGUUUUGCCACCGAACACGGAAGCCCUUCGCGCGCGCUCUCGGAGGCGGAGGGCGUUCGCCGGCAGCAGGGCUGGCGCAGCACAGCGUGCCGCAUCCUUCAGAUGGGCUUCCAUCUCCACGUCCUCGCCCCCACAGAGCACGCUGCACAUCGCUCUGACAGUCCCUGUUGCAGGGAGAAAUUUUUGAUUUUUGCAGGUGAUUGUAAGCUGUCUUCUCCUUCCAGGGAUGGGGGUUUAUUUUUUUCCUUGCAAUGUUACCAAAAGCCUUCUCAUACUCAUGCAUUACUGCACAACCUAUUUCUUUUUUUUUUUUUUUCUUUCCUAAGCCACAAUUGUAGUAUUAACCUAAAUAACACCAAAUACUUCAAGUACAGAAGCUGAACCCAUGAAGUGAGGCUUUUGCUGACGUUACAUUAGCGGGUGAAAUCAAAGCAACGGAUGCACCUAUUGCUAACGAAUACACAUCAAUUACUUAUUCCCAAGCACACAUCUCUAAAGGGUGCUUUGUUAUUUUCAGAUUACAAAGCACACCAGGAAUUUUUCAGUUCAUCUUUUCUGCUCCUUGAUACUGUCUCUAGGUGGAUUAUUAAAUUUCAAUAUGUAUUUCUACAUUAAUUUUGUAACUAUGUGACUGGUGAUUUUAGUAUAUGCAAGAAUCUGCUGUGUCUUAAAGUAUACCGAUUUGGCUUUGAGGUGUUAAAUAGUUUGUGGCUUGUGUCUUCAACACAAAUUGUUAGUUUCUGUUCCGUUGACGCCGUCACCUGUGGCAAACACCGCCCGUAACUCUGCUCCAGCAAGCGGCAGGUAACUGCGCCAAUGCUGGGUGCAAACACGCAGGGCAUUGUAACCACGAAUAAAAAUACUCUCGUGCUGUA